UUUACACACUAGAAACGAUGUUGCCUGCAGAGCUGAAGUUAAAGGAAACUUACAAAGGCCAGUAGAGGACUGUGUGGCUUGAACAGCAUGGAGUUCCCGCAACAGCAAAAGCCGGCGUCGGAUGGCAAAAUUACCUAUCCGCCCGGUGUGAAAGAAAUCACGGACAAAAUUUCCAAUGAUGAAGUUGUCAAACGGUUAAAGAUGGUUGUGAAGACCUAUAUGGAUAUGGAUCAGGACUCUGAGGAGGAGAAGCAGCAGUAUUUGGCUCUGGCUUUGCACCUGGCCUCUGAGUUCUUCCUCAGAAACCCCAAUAAAGACGUCCGCCUGCUGGUGGCCUGCUGCCUGGCCGACAUCUUCCGCAUCUACGCCCCCGAGGCACCCUACACCUCCCACGACAAACUCAAGGAUAUUUUUCUGUUUAUAACCCGACAACUGAAGGGUUUGGAGGACACCAAGAGCCCGCAGUUCAACAGAUACUUCUACCUGCUGGAGAACUUGGCCUGGGUGAAGUCCUAUAACAUUUGCUUUGAGCUGGAAGACUGCAAUGAGAUCUUCAUCCAGCUGUUUAAAACACUGUUCUCUGUGAUUAAUAACAGCCAUAAUAAGAAGGUGCAGAUGCAUAUGCUGGAUUUGAUGAGCUCCAUUAUAAUGGAGGGAGAUGGAGUUACUCAGGAGCUAUUGGACACUAUCCUCAUCAACCUCAUCCCUGCACACAAGAACCUUAAUAAACAGGCAUAUGACCUGGCCAAGACUCUGCUGAAGAGAACUGUCCAGACCAUCGAAACAUGCAUUGCUAAUUUCUUUAAUCAGGUUCUGGUGAUGGGAAAGUCAUCGGUGAGCGACCUAUCAGAGCACGUGUUUGAUCUGAUUCAGGAACUGUUCGCUAUCGACCCGCUGCUCCUUGUCUCCGUCAUGCCACAGCUGGAGUUUAAACUCAAGAGUAAUGACGGUGAAGAGCGACUGGCAGUAGUCAAGCUGCUGGCCAAACUCUUCGGCGCGAAAGACUCUGAACUCGCCACUCAGAACCGCCCUCUCUGGCAAUGUUUUCUGGGAAGGUUUAAUGACAUUCACGUCCCUGUUCGACUGGAGUGUGUGAAGUUUGCCAGCCACUGUCUAAUGAACCACCCGGACCUGGCCAAGGACCUGACAGAGUUCCUGAAGGUUCGGUCACAUGACCCUGAGGAGGCCAUCCGGCACGAUGUCAUCGUCACCAUCAUCAACGCCGGGAAGAAGGACCUGAACCUGGUUAACGACCAGCUCCUGGGCUUCGUCAGGGAGAGAACGCUGGACAAGAGGUGGCGUGUUCGUAAAGAGGCGAUGAUGGGCCUUGCCCAGCUCUAUAAGAAAUACUGUCUACACCACGAGGCCGGGAAAGAGUCCGCCCAGAAAAUCAGCUGGAUCAAAGACAAACUACUGCACAUUUACUAUCAGAACAGCAUCGAUGACAAGCUGCUGGUUGAGAAGAUCUUUGCGCAGUACAUGGUCCCACACAGUUUGGAGACGGAGGAGAAGAUGAAGUGUCUCUAUUACCUUUACGCCUGCCUUGACACCAAUGCAGUAAAGGCUCUGAAUGAAAUGUGGAAGUGUCAAAACAUGCUGAGGGGGUUGGUGAGAGAACUGCUGGAUCUGCACAAACAGCCGACGUCUGAAGCAAACAGCACAGCCAUGUUUGGGAAGCUGAUGGCCAUCGCCAAGAAUCUUCCGGAUGCAGGGAAGGCUCAGGACUUCAUGAAGAAAUUUAACCAGGUACUGGGAGAGGAUGAGAAACUCCGCUUGCAGCUGGAGCAGCUCAUCAGUCCCACCUGUUCCUGCAAACAGGCCGAGCUGUGCGUGAGGGAGAUUACGAGGAAGCUGACCUUCCCCAAACAACCCACGAACCCGUUCCUGGAGAUGGUGAAGUUCCUGCUGGAGAGAAUAGCUCCUGUUCACAUUGACUCUGAGGCCAUAAGCGCUCUGGUGAAACUGCUGAACAAAUCCAUCGAGGGAACGGCCGACGAUGAAGAUGAAGGUGUAACUCCAGAUACAGCUAUACGCUCAGGACUGGAACUGCUCAAGGUUUUGUCUUUUACCCACCCCACGGCGUUCCACUCUGCGGAGACCUACGAGUCCCUGCUGCAGUGUCUGAAGAUGGAGGAUGAUAAAGUAGCGGAGGCAGCCAUCCAGAUCUUCAGAAACACCGGACAGAAAAUCGAGACCGAGCUCCAGCAGAUACGAUCGACCCUGAUUCCCAUCCUGCACCAGAAAGCCAAGAGGGGAACCCCACACCAGGCCAAGCAGGCAGUGCACUGUAUUCAUGCCAUCUUCCACAACAGAGAGGUGCAGCUCGCCCAAAUAUUCGAGCCGUUGUCCCGCAGUCUUAAUGCGGAUGUCCCAGAGCAGUUGAUAACUCCACUGGUUUCACUGGGUCAUAUAUCCAUGCUGGCACCAGACCAGUUCGCCUCGCCCAUGAAAUCCAUCGUCGCCAACUUCAUCGUCAAGGACCUGCUCAUGAACGACAGAACGGUGGGAAACAAGAACGGGCGGUUAUGGACGGCGGAUGACGAGGUGUCACCCGAGGUCUUGGCAAAGGUGCAGGCAAUAAAGCUGCUGGUGCGUUGGUUGCUGGGAAUGAAAAAUAAUCAGUCGAAAUCAGCCAACUCCACUCUGAGACUGCUCUCUGCCAUGCUGGUCAGCGAGGGAGACCUCACAGAGCAGAAGAAAAUCAGUAAGUCGGACAUGUCUCGGCUGAGGCUGGCAGCAGGCAGUGCCAUCAUGAAGCUGGCACAGGAGCCCUGUUACCAUGACAUCAUCACGCCAGAGCAGUUUCAGCUCUGUGGACUGGUCAUCAACGACGAGUGUUACCAGGUGCGGCAGAUCUUUGCUCAGAAGCUGCACAUGGCCCUGGUCAAGCUCUUGUUGCCGUUGGAGUACCUGGCCGUGUUCGCUCUGUGUGCCAAAGACCCGGUCAAAGAGAGACGGGCACAUGCGCGCCAGUGUCUGCUCAAAAACAUCAGCGUCCGCCGAGAAUACAUCAAACAGAACCCCAUGCACCACGAGAAGCUGUUGUCUCUCCUACCUGAGUACGUGGUCCCCUAUAUGAUCCACUUGCUAGCGCAUGAUCCUGACUUCACCAAACCACAGGAUUUUGAGCAGCUCAGAGACAUUAAAGAAUGUUUGUGGUUUAUGCUGGAGGUGCUGAUGGUGAAAAAUGAGAAUAACAGUCACGCGUUCCUGAGGAAAAUGGUGGAAAACAUCAAACAGACAAAAGACGCACAGGCGCCUGACGACCCGAAGGCCAACGAGAAGCUGUACAUCGUCUGUGAUGUGGCAUUGUUCGUAAUCGCGAAUAAGAGCACUUCCUGUCACCUGGAAUGUCCUAAAGAUCCUGUCCUGCCCACCAAGUUCUUCACUCCGCCCGACAAGGACUUCAUCAACGACAAAGAUUACUUGUCUGCAGAAGCCAGAACAGUACUGCAGACUGGGAAAAUUCCAACGAAGCCCACUCCAGUUCUCGGCACAGUGAACAAGACGAUAACGGUAACAGCCCGUCGGCCGUACACCAAAACGACCGUCUCGGACACGGGAAGCAACGCCAGCACGAACUCUCAACCCAGUUCUCCGGCAACCAUCAAGAGCAAGGACGCAGGCUCUGAGUCAGAGAAAGGAGCGAGGGAGAACGAGGAGAACCCGGUCAUUACGACGAAAAAAGACGAGGGAAAGAAGGAGCUGAACUCAGACGGAGCUCAGGCCAGCGAUAAGAAGCACAUCGUCGCUGGCGACGGUACUGAAAACAGCAUGACCCCCGACCCGUCUGCCGCAUCACAGCCCGUCCCCAACAAACCCCGCCGAGGUCGCCCGCCCAAAAACCUGGCCAACGCCGGCGCAGUGGCCUCCACCCAGGAGAAAGAAGGCGGGGCCGGGCGCGGCAGGAAGAGGGCGGCGCCCGCCCAGGAGGCCGGCUCCGCGGCAUCGGCUGAGCCAAUCAGCAACAAGAUACCAAAACAGCAGAAGGAAAGCGACACAAAGAGGGCGGGGCCACAGAGACAGAUAGACCUGCAAAGGUAAAGCGCAGGUCUUGGCACCAAGCCACGCUGUAAGAUCCGGAUAAUUUGUCUGCAAUACAGACCCGUACCCUCAACUCAAAAGCUCUUCUGUUCCACAAAAUGGACUGUAAACCCACACACAUAGACACACACAUACAUCUACACACACACACACACACACGUACACAUACACCUCUGAACUGUCAUAUGACCCCUUCCUCUUUUGCACCCCUGAAUUUUUUCCAGUGACAACCCCCCAUUGAGUAAUUUUAAGACCCAUAGACUCAGUCGAAAGGUCAUCGUUGUACGUAGGUCUUAAACACAAAUCUGUUUCACACAGUUUCUGUUAAUUAUUGUUUUAUU